CUCUUCUGGUCAAAGCCCCAAAGGUACGCGCGAUAGAAGAACCAUCGCCUCUCUCUCUCUCUCUCUCUCUCUCUCUCUCUCUCUCCAGUGAAUCCCAAUUCUCUUGCUCCUCCACCCACCCCUCUAACUCUCCCAAAUGGAGUCUCCGUCUCCCUCACCCCUUCUCUGCCUCUCCUUUACACUGACUUUGUUUCGUUUUUUCUCCCUCUGCAACAAAAAUUUAAGCCCUGACCCAUCAACUGAUAAAUCGAAUUCAACGCAAUCCCAUCGUCAAAAUCAAAUUCACAGUAGAAGAAGAAGAGGGGAGACUUGAAUAUUGCGAUGGGGGUUUUGAUAAAGGAUCCAACGAUGUUCGUGGGAGUGGUGGAGGGCUUUCCCCGGCAGAAGCUGGAAAUGGAUCGGAGCUACGUUUGCCAUGUCGUCGGACGGGUGAACUCGAGGGGCUUGUGGUUAGGAGAUGACCCGCUCACGUUCUCCCUCCCUCUUCUCAUGCUCCAGCUCUCCCUCAUCUCCAUCAUCACCCGCUCCAUUCACACCCUCCUCAAACCCUUCGGCCAACCCUUGAUCGUCUCCCAAAUUCUCGGUGGUUUAAUUUUAGGCCCUUCAAUUCUCGGUCACAACUCGACAUUUGCAGCAAAAAUUUUCCCGCUAAAAGGCAGGACAGUGAUCGAGACCCUAUCAGUUUUUGGUUUCAUGCUCUUUAUCUUCUUGAUUGGUGUGAAGAUGGACCCGUCCAUGGUGUUAAAAUCAAGCAGGAAGGCUUUGGCCAUUGGAAUUAUGGGGUUCUUUGUUCCUUAUGCCCUGGCUGGAAUUGUUGCAACCAUUCUCUCCCAUUACCUUUCUUUAGAUCAUGAUAUUGCAAGUGUGCUUCCCUUCAUAGCAGCAAUGUUGUCCAUGACUGGCUUCCCAGUUAUUGCCUGCUUCCUUGCAGAGCUCAAGAUUCUCAACUCAGAGAUCGGGCGGUUAGCCUCUUCUUCUUCAAUAAUAUCUGAUGUGUGCCAUUGGUCUAUUAUGUUCGUGAAUUAUGCUGCUAAAAUUGCUUCAUUCAGUUCGCUAAAAUCGACCAUAGGGUCCAUUUUAUCAAGUGCCUUUCUUGUUAUCCUUAUUGUGUUUGGAAUCCGUCCAGCUGCUAUGUGGGCAAUUAGGCAUACCCCUGAAGGGAAACCUGUAAAGGAUAUCUACAUUUUCUUUGUCCUUGUUGCACUAAUGGGCUGUGGAUUUAUGGGUGAAUUUAUUGGCAUCAGUUCCCUUUUUGCAUCUUUCCUUUUGGGUUUGGUGAUUCCCGAUGGACCACCCUUAGGAGCUGCAUUGGUUGAGAGACUGGAUUGCUUUGUUUCAGUACUACUCAUGCCAAUCUUUUUUGCAAUGUGCGGAUUGAACAUGGAUGCUUUUGCCAUACAGAAUCUGAAGAAUGUGAUUGCAAUACAGUUAGUUGUUUUCUUUGCUUUCCUUGGUAAGAUUAUAGGAACAAUCUUGCCCCCUCUCUUCUGCAGAAUGCCAUUAAGAGACGCCUUCUCUCUUGCUCUUAUCAUGAACUCCAAAGGCAUAGUUGAACUUGCUAUGUUGAAUGACAUGAAGAAAUCCAGUGUGGUCAACGAAGAAUGCUUCUCCCUUUUGAUAAUCUCUGUUGUGGUUGUAACCGGGGUUAUAUCACCCCUCGUGAAAGCCCUCUAUGACCCUUCGAGGAGAUACCUCGCUUAUAAGAGGAGGACCAUCUUCCACAACAAAAAAAAUGAACAGCUUCACCUGCUCGCUUGCAUCCACAGCCAAGACAAUGUCCAGGCCAUAGUGAACCUCCUUGAGGCUUCUAAUCCCACCAAGGAGAGUCCCAUCAAUUUGGUUGUCCUCCACCUUGUGAAGCUUGCAGGUCGCUCUACCUCUCAACUCAUUGCUCACCAUCCCUGUGAAAGGCCCUCUCUAGGCCCUUCCCAAUCUGAGCGCAUUUUCAACGUGUUUCAAAAGCUUGAGCAGCAAAACCAUGGUAUUGUGUCUGUUCAUUGCUUUAAGGCCAUUUCUCCUUUCGCAACAAUGCACAAUGAUGUAUGCUCGAUCGCUCUGGAAAAGAGGACGACUUUCAUAAUCAUCCCAUUCCACAAACAGUGCAGAUUUGGUGAAUUGGGGGAAUCACCCUAUGCUUCCAGGCACCUAAACAGGAAUGUUUUGGACAAGGCUCCUUGCUCUGUAGGGAUCCUCAUUGAUAGUGGGAAGCGAAAGAAGUCUAGGUCUAUGACGGAAAAACCUGCAGAGUACCAAGUGGCCGUUCUCUUCUUUGGUGGACCAGACGAUCGGGAAGCGUUAGCAUAUGCUAGGCGCAUGUCAGAGCAUCCUCUUGUUUCGGUCACUCUUUUGCACUUCUCUGCUUUGACGACUGAUAUUGUAGGAGGUACAGCAAGAAGCAAGAUGCUCGAUGCAGAGAUUUUGAGCAAGUUUAGGAUCAACAUCCUGCAAAAUGAGCGCGUUUCUUACCAGGAAGAGGUGGUGAGGGAUGGGCUGGGUGUGCUUUCUGUGACUAGAUCAAUUGAGUGCAUGUACGACCUCGUUAUGGUGGGAAGGAGACACACAGACUCGCAGUUCAUGUCUGAGCUGAGGAAAAGUAAUGAAAGGGAAGAGUUAGGAACAAUAGGAGAAAUACUGGCUGCCUCAGAUUUAAAGGAUGGGGCUUCAGUUUUGGUUGUUCAACAACAGACGAGAGUUUGGGGAAUGCAUGAUCCUGAGGACUCGACACACUUGAGAAGGAUAAGUUUGUAGGGUUUUUCAGGAUUCAUAGCUAGCUCAUUGAAAGAGAUGUAUUUAGUAUAGGCUAUAAACUACAGCAAUCACAAAUUCACAAUUGAAAGUUGUUUUUGUGCUUUGUUUUCUUA